AAUUACCUGGAGCAACAAUUCAAGCACCCAAUCAGGCAUAUGACCCUGACAUCCAAACCUCCACAGAACAUCCUGCUGAUGCAGACAGAGACAAAGUUACUAGCACAACUGGAUCCACAACACUUUAA